AAGACUCGAUCGAGAGCAGGCUGCAAAUACUGCCGAGACAAGGUUUGAUGCCGCCGCCUCGAGUCAGCGAGCAGGCAGUUCCCCUAACACAUGUUGCGUAGAGAAAGAAAUGUUCCGAGGAUAGGCCAGCAUGUACCCGAUGCCUCCAGUUCGGCGUCGAAUGCAUCUAUGAGCCGAUCAGGCCCCGGAAAAAGCGCACUACCAAGUUUACCAUCCCUUCCCCCACGGCCCAUAGUGCGCCCAAAGGUUCAUCACGCGACGGUUUCAGUGCAGCGGCACAGGUGGCGGGUGAAAACAUGGGGCCACAGCAACCUCAAGGCUCUGCAGCGACCAUUAGUUCCGAGGGCGACCUCUCUUCCUCCGUGGACAAUUGGGGCGCGCAUGCCAUGGACAGUUCGAUGUCAGACUCUACCGUAACCACGUCUCCAUCGAUUCUGGGCUUCGACGACGGCGCGACGGGUGAGAAGAACACCUAUCAGCUCGACUAUCCGUCUCUCGGUUUACCCGUCUCUGUAUGUGGAACGCAGUCGGAGACCAUUUCCUCCCUGGCCUGGAGUCCAGGCAUCAGCGAGGAUCUCAUGCCAUGGUCACUUCUCCAGCGUGUGGGAACAGAGACAGGCGGAGGACUGACUGACUGGAACGAGAUGCCCAUGCCCAUGCCCAUGCCGGUGCCGGUGCCGGUGCCUUCGCCACUCCCUGCGCCCAACCCUACGAUUCGUGGCAGCCAGACGAGCAGCACAAUUUGGGUGGGUGCCACUCCGUCUGUUGCUUCUGGAUGGACGCCCAAUCUCCAUGCACCUAAUCCACCUCCCGACCCCAACGCCCUGGUGAAUUACUUUGCCAACGUGGUAUCUCUCGACCUCGUUCGAGACCCUGGAAGCCCCGUGACAGAAAUUAUCCUGCCCCUUUGUUACAGCAGUGGUAUUGUCAGGGACGCCGCUUGCGCAUUGGCCGGCCUACACAUGGCCCGGACGAGUGUCCGAAAUGAUUGCGACCAUGCGUUAUUUCUUAGCCAGGCCCUCGUCGGACUGCCGCUUCUGGCACAGCUUGACGAGGAUUGGGCUCAGGAUCAAGUGUUGGCCACAUUAUUGCUGCUGCUGUACUACGAAGUGCUGUCUCAAAGAAGUCCUUCGAAUCUUCUUGCUCAGCAUAUCCAGCAAGCAUGGCAGAUAUUGUACUCAAGGCCGUCCGUGGACACCUCGUCCUCGAGACUUUUCGACCAGGCAUUUCGGUACUUCGACGUCAUGAACUCGCUAGCGACCAGCGUAGCACCUCUCUACCCGGCCCCGACCCCGCGCCCACGCCGUUCCCAGCCCUCCUCUCCAGCAACCCCACUCUCUCCCGACUAUGCGGAUCCGCCUCUGGCCAUUGGUCCCGCCCCUGACCUACUCCCCACCCUCCACCGUUUCGCCGAACUUAUCAUCCUUAAACAGGAACUCGACAAUGUCAACACGGCAUCCCAGACAUCCAAGGCAGCCGUUCUGCGGGUCGAGUACGAAACGACCUGCCGGGCCAUAGAGCAAGCCCUAUCCGCCUGGGAACCGCCACUGCCACCGGGGUACACUCUCGUGAACCGCAUCGUGGACGGCCCGCCCGACGCCUCCGAGACGGACGUCGCACGUGCCCGGUGUGACGCCGGACGGGCGCUGGCCUAUAAACACGGCGCAUUGGUCAUGCUCCACCGGACGGGGCAGAGUGAGGAAGCAGCAAUGCGGCAUGCGCAGUCGGCGAUGUGGCACUGCGUUGCUGCUUCGACGACGGCUUGCAUGCAACGACCGGGAGACGGCAGUGUCAGCGGGGCCGGGUUGCUGUGGCCGCUGCUUGUCGGGGCGUGCGAGUUGAUCGAACCGCGAGAUCGAGGGAUGGCGAGACAGGCUUUUUCUGCCGUGGAUACGGCGUUCCGCGGGUCGGUCAACCUGGGCAGGUCGUGGGAACUCGUCCUUGAAGUCUGGCGCAGGAGAGACCUGGCGGCUGUUGAGGGUGGUGGCUAUCCCGGUCUAGGCUGCAUGGAUUGGCGCCGUGUGGCCGAAGAGAUGGGCAUCAGCUUGGUGCUGGGUUAAUUGAUCGUUGACUGUCUUCACUAGACAGCAGCAUCCGACAUUCAAGCUCUUUCUUUCCUGGCCACCACAUUGGGGAACCAUCGAGUUACAGUGACCUUUAGUAUCUUCGAACUUCGAACGGCCGCCCGCAUAUUCGGGGCGCCGGGGGCUCGACCCAACUAUUACUUCGUACAACAGAUACCAAGGAAGCGAGAUGUUGAAUGAAGGGAUCGAGGGAACGAGGCUUCUCGCCAAACCAUAGGAGAGGAUUCGCCUUUCGCGCUUGGUUCCAAUACCUACCUCCCUUCUCAAUCGCACUCACUCUCCUCCUUUUACGUCAUUUACGCCUUGCCAGUCUUGUCGAUUCAUCUUCGUAGGUUCAUCUGCUCUCAAUCAGUGAGCCAGAGAGAGAGAGAGGAUGCGAAAACUGCGAAAACUGCGAACCAUGGCGAAAAGUUUGGCC